AUGGCACAGAACGAGAAUGAGAAUAGGAUAAUAACAUACAAAGUGUGUCUUAUAGGAGAUGGAGGAGUUGGAAAGACGACGUAUAUAAACAGAGUGAUUGAUGGAAGGUUUGAAAAAAGAUAUAAUGCCACGGUAGGAGCAACUAACAAUCCCGUGAGUUUCCGUGAUAACUAUAACAAUACAAUAUUGUUUGAUGUGUGGGAUACUGCUGGGCAAGAGAAGUAUGCAUUGCUGAAGGACGUGUAUUAUAUUGAUGCACAUGCAGCGAUAUUCUUUUUUGAUGUGACGUCAAGAGUGACAUGCCAGAAUCUGGGCAGAUGGGUUAGAGAGUUCCAAGCGGUUGCGGGGGAGAAUGUUCCAAUAAUAGUGUGUGCCAACAAGAUGGACUUGAUUAGUCAUCGAAAGGCAGGAAAGAAGCAGGUGGAGGAGUUCCUGAAGGGAAAGAUGUAUCGUUACUAUGAGAUCAGUGCAAAGAGCGAGCUGAACAUUAUACGUCCGUUUGUGGACUUGGCAAGACAGCUAACACGAAAUGCGAAUCUGAUAUUUGCAUCUAAUGUUGUGGAGCCAAGCGAUAUUAAUAGAUCGGAUGUUGAUUUUGAUCAGAGGGUGAUUGAGGAUGCGAUGAAUAUGCUUCCCGACGAAUACAGCCGCCAGCCAUGA